CGAACAUCGCCAUUUGCAAAUUAAUCGGAGUUGGAUGCGUUUGCACAGAAGAAGUAGGCGCAAGUUUGCCGGACUAUUCUUGUGCGGAGUAAAUAUCGUCGAGGGACAAAAAUAAAUCUACAUAUUUUACGUACCAUCGCCGCAUUUUCCUUUCUCACACAUUGAUACCAUCCGAUCACCGUAAACCACCAGCAUGUCGAACGGAAGUGGUGAUCACGACGAGGAAGGGUACGUCGUAAAACUACGAGGACUACCUUGGUCCACAACCGUCGAUGAGAUAUUGAAAUUCUUCAACGACUGUAGCAUUUCGCAUGGCAAAGCCGGUAUUCAUAUGACUAUGUCGAGAGAAGGAAGACCCAGCGGUGAAGCAUACAUUGAAAUGGACACGGAAGAGGAUAUCGAGAAGGCAUGUAAACGAGAUAGAGAUCACAUGGGACAUCGGUACAUCGAAGUCUUCAAAGCCAAAAGGGGUGAGAUGGAGUGGGUGGUUAAAAGGAGUGGAUUGAAUUUGGAAAAUGCAAUGGACGACGGCUGUGUUCGUUUGCGAGGUUUACCGUUUGGUUGUUCGAAAGAAGAGAUUGCGCAGUUUUUUGCCGGGUUGGAGAUUUUGCCGAAUGGAAUAUCGCUACCUACAGACUACACAGGCCGCAGUACUGGGGAGGCUUACGUUCAGUUUGUUAACAAAGAUGUUGCGGAGAGAGCUCUGCAGAAACACAAGGAAAAGAUAGGACACAGGUACAUUGAAAUAUUCCGAAGCAGCUUGUCAGAGGUACGUGCCAGCAUUGGUCCUAAAAUGCGCGGUGGCCCAAUGGGUAGUUUCAACCAAAGACCUGCACCCUAUGAUCGUGGGGACAGAUUCGGAGGGAUGAAUCGAUUCAGCAAUAGCGGUAGAGGCUCCAGGAGCAGAGACUUUGAUAGUGGAUUAUGGGGUGGAAGCAAUAACUUUGGAUCGCGCGGCGGAAAUAUGUGUAUGCGUGGCAGCAUGGAUAUGAAGGGUAAUAACUUUAGAGGCAGUGGAGACAAUUGGAACGGUGGGAACUCUGGUCUUCACUGUAUCCACAUGCGAGGCCUUCCUUUCAGAGCUACGGAACAAGACAUUGCAGAUUUUUUCAGGCCUAUUGUCCCUGUAAAUAUACGCCUUUUAUUGGAGAACAGCGGAAGAGCAUCAGGCGAAGCAGAUGUUGAAUUUGCCAGCCAUGACGAAGCUGUCAAAGCUAUGUCAAAGGAUAAAAGCCACAUGUCGCACAGAUAUAUAGAACUAUUCCUCAACUCGUCUAGUGGAUCAGGUGGUAUAUCGGGAUUGGGAGGGAUUGGCAAUUUCUGCGGAGGGUUAGGCAGUAAUUUCAGACCAGGUUAUUCACCGAACAACAGGGGUUACAACAACAGUCAACUUGGAGGAAAUAACUAUAGUAGUUUUUGAGAUAAGUGAUUGAUACUAUGAGACGAUAUUUGUCAAUGAUAAUGAUCAAUUUUUUUUUUUGUCGUUUCCUAUGACGUUCCACGUGAUGUUUAAGAAGUGAACAAGUAUUCAAUUUGAUUAAGAUAUUGUCAAAUUACUAUACCUGAUAUUAAUUAUAUAAAUUAAUUAGCUUUAUUAUAGUUUCCUUAUAUCAUCGUCAAAUUUAUAUACUUAAUUACUUCGAGUUACAGACUUGAAAUCUUCCUACUCUCGUUUUAUUUACAUUUGUAUAAAUAUUAAUAGUAAUAAUAACAAUAAUAAUAAUAAAUCUUAUAGCGUUUGGUAAAAUUAAAGACAAGCCAUACAGUGUCGUAUAAGUUUAUGAUUUAUUGCUAUCGAUGAUAUACGGUAUAUAAGUUAUGGUAGUCAAAAAAAUUUCUUAAUUUCAUAAUAUAUACUUAUAAACGAUUGUGUGCAUCCGUAAAUUUUCGUGUGCUAAUAGUACGCAAAUGCCUAGUAAAAUUUAUAAUUCACCAGAAAUGUUGCGUCUGAGUAACUUUCAAGUCUAUAACGUGUGUCUGUACUUAUGCGAUUAGUAGUCACCAGUUCGUAGUCAGAUAAAUUUUGGUCGGAUUUUCAUUUUGACAUUUUUUCUUUUUUGUAGUGACUGGGGAAUAUUCAAUCUCAUUUACCGAACAUUCAUUAAACUUGAGAAUGUGAAAUUCUAGGGUACUAAUAAUACACACUUCAAAGUUCUGUAUGCGUAUAAUAUUUACAAUUAGACAAGUAUUUCUUUUCCGUAUCCAAAUUUCUUAACAGGUUUUUCAGAUAUCAGAUAUCAGAUAUUUAUACAUUGUGCAAUUAUGUACAACGUAAAUGUGUACUGAUUGUUUUUGAUAAAACAAGUACCUAAUUUACUAGAUUUACAAAAGUUUCCAUUACGUUAAAUAGUUGGAAACAGUAUAGAAAUAUUACGAAUUCUUCUCCCCCUAGAAAACAAAUAAGAAUGAAAUUGUAACUGUACCUGCUCAUACAAUUUGCGCUAGAAACUUGUAUUUUGUAAGCGUGGAACUCUGUGACAAGUGUGCAUAUAAAUAAAUCUAAACUAAAAGUGA